UCAGAAUGCCGUCUGUGGAAAAUACGGAGGAAGUCGCUGCACCGCAGGUUCCUAAAACAGAGCUUGAGGAGUUGCAAAUAAAAGCAAACAGUGUUGCUGAUGAUUCGCUGGAAAGUACACGUCGUAUGUUGGAACUAUGUGAAGAGAGCAAGGAAGCAGGGAUUCGAACCCUUGUAGCUCUCGAUGAUCAGGGAGAACAAUUGGAUCGAAUUGAAGAAGGAAUGGAUCAAAUUAAUGCCGAUAUGAGAGAAGCAGAAAAAAAUCUAAGUGGCAUGGAAAAAUGUUGCGGAAUUUGUGUAUUACCUUGCAAUAAGAGCCAAUCAUUUAAAGAAGACGACGGUACUUGGAAGGGAAAUGACGAUGGAAAAGUUGUUAAUAAUCAACCUCAAAGGGUAAUGGAUGAUAGAAACGGAAUGAUGGCACAAGCUGGAUAUAUUGGAAGAAUAACAAAUGAUGCAAGAGAAGAUGAAAUGGAGGAAAAUAUGGGUCAAGUAAAUACAAUGAUUGGAAAUCUUCGAAAUAUGGCUCUGGAUAUGGGUUCUGAACUUGAGAAUCAAAAUCGACAAAUAGACAGGAUAAACAGAAAGGCUGAGUCAAAUGAGGCGAGAAUAGCUGUUGCAAAUCAAAGGGCACACCAGCUUUUAAAAUAAAUUAACCGUCAUCAUUUUAUUCUUAAACAUGCCAUUAAGUUCAAAGUGCAUCGAGUUCAAUGAUUAUAAUUUACUUAUUGUUUUUCUGUUGUAUUUUCAAGUUUGUUCAUAAAUUCUUAUUGAUAAUUACA